AUGACCCCUGUAAUGGCUCCUGCUCGUUCCCGACUCUUCCAAUUAGCAGCUUUUCUGAAAGGCAAGCCCAAAGCACUGGGGACUGUGCAGAUCAUAAUCGGAAGCUUGACUUUCUUGCUCGGUAUUGUUUUAACCUCGUUGGUGGUCACACCCAUGGUCGUCAGUGGUAUCACUUUGUGUGGAUCUCUGGUCUUCGUUAGUUGUGGUGCUUUAUCAAUCGCUAUAGCCAAAAGGAAUAAUCCAUGCAUGGUGAAAGCCUCGUUGGAAAUGAACAUGUUCAGUGCUGUGGUUGCAGGUGUCUUUAUCAUUCUCUUCUUAGUGGACUUUUCAUUUAACUGGUGUGAAAAUGACUUCUCUCAUGGCUAUUCCUCAUCCAGAUGUCAGCAGCAUGUUCAAACAAUGUGGUAUGGAAUCUAUGGAGUGUUGUUGGUUUUCGAAGUGCUCGAGCUCAUCAUUUCUAUCUGCAAUUGUGCUGUCGCUUGUGAAGCUACCUGCUGCUCCACAACUACAGAGAUCUUCACACACAGAGCAACAUUAGGAGCUCGAGAGAAGAAAUCUCUGUGUGAAUCAGUGCAGGACGAGCGUCAAGAGAGCCACAGCGCAGAGCUGAGCUAG